AUGUAUUCACCUUCUAGCCAGACGCCGAUUGGAAUUUUGCAAGAGACUGCUACAAAAAGGGGCUUCCUUGUCCAUUAUGAACUAGUUGCAAGUGAAGGAGAAGCACAUGAACCGAUUUAUGUUUACCAAUGCAGAGUUGGCAAAAUUACUGCCUUCGGGAAGGGUGCAAGCAAGAAGAAGGCGAAGCACCUGGCAGCAUAUUAUGUUCUUUUAAGGCUGAUCGGUGACGAUCCCCCGGCUCAGGGUGAUAGAGCGCUCUUGCAGUCGAUGCGUGCAUCCCUAUCCUUUCUCGGUAUCGAUGUCGGUGACUCUUUAGCCGCGACUUGUGAGGAUGAGGUGAACGCAGCAGCUACGCGAGCUCCUAUCAAUUAUGUCAGCAAGGUUCAGGAAUAUUGUGACAAAAAUCUCUGGCCUCCGCCCACUUAUGAGUUCAGCGAGUGCUCACAAAGUCUUUUUGGAGGCAGGUAUCAGUGCAAAGUUCGUCUCUGGCGAUGGGAAUUUUUGGGGUUCGGUAGCUCCAAGAAAGAGGCUAAAAGAAAAGCUGCGACCGAAUUUUUGAAGGAGGUAGUAGAGCAAGGAUUGACUAUCCCGGCAGACGCAUUAGAGGCAAUGGAAGAGGAAAAUCUACCUCUUGUAGAGAAACAGGAUCUUAACAAGCUGAAGGUUAAGCAAAGUAGUCAAGAGAUGGCCUCUAGAAUGGCCAGGAAAAUUCUUUCCGGCGUCCACACAAUCAAUGGAAAGCUUAAGGAAGUUAAUGUUGGGGAGCUCGCUUGUCCCACUUUUGACGUCUACGAGGUCUUAAAACGGACACUGGAAGAGAAUAAGCUUGGUGUUUUCUACUCCUAUACGACUAAUACCAAGUCUGGCGAAAUCUACUGCCAGGCACAACUAUCCACGAUUCCUCCACAAGUGACAUGCAGCCGGCCCAGUGCGAGCAUAGACGAAGCUCGAAGGGAUGCAGCCUACCGCUGCCUAGUUUACCUGGACACGAUGACGAAGCUGAACCCCACGCUUCGUGAAGAAGCGUGGUUCCGAAAGCUAGUUUGA